CGCUGCUGAAGGACGAGUGGAAGUGCUUCACUACGGGGAGUGGGGAACGAUCUGUAACGACGGGUGGGGAGACGAGGAUGCCCAGGUGGUGUGCCGUCAGCUGGGCUACCGUUACGCGUGGCCUGUCUCCUCCCAGCACUCCUUCGGGCGGGGUGGAGGAGACAUCUGGAUGGACCAGGUGGCCUGUACCGGGACCGAGUCCAGACUGACCGACUGUCCACACAACGGCUGGGGGUAUCACGACUGCGCGAUCGGCGAGGACGCUGGCGUUUCUUGUUAUGACCUGUGGCCACGCUGUGAUUUCCAGCAUGGAGCUGCUAGAUGUGGCUUCACACAAGACACGACAGACGACACCAACUGGGUCUGGGGGAGUCAGCACACCCCCACCAGUAACACUGGGCCGCCCCAUGACAACACGUUUCGCAACAGCACAGGGAAGUACAUGUACGUUGAGGCCAGUGGAGGUGCCCCAGGUGACACUGCUCGGCUCAUCAGCGCACCGCUAAACACGGAGAACAACAUCUGUCUGAACUUUAACUACCACAUGUACGGCACACAAGUCGGCACCCUCAACGUCUACGUGAAACAGCGCGGGAGCAGCAGCCUUGGAGAGGUCAUUUUCAGCAGGUCAGACUUCCAGGGGGACCAAUGGAAGUUCAGCGAGUUGGCACUGCCGAAACGGGAAGGAUUCGCGCAGAUUGUUUUUGAGACCGUUCGUGGCAGCGGCGCUUACGGCGACAUUGCCAUCGAUGAUGUCGGAAUAAUAACGGAUGCCUGCGUUCGCCUUACCGGCGGAAACACCUCUGCCGAAGGAAGGGUGGAAGUGCUUCACUACGGGGAGUGGGGAACGGUCUGUAACGACCGGUGGGGAGACGAGGACGCGCAGGUGGUGUGCCGUCAGCUGGGCUACCGUUACGCCCGGCCUGUGUCCUCCCAGCGCUCCUUCGGGCGGGGCGGCGGCCACAUCUGGAUGGACCAGGUGGCCUGUACCGGGAACGAGUCCAGACUGGCCGACUGUCCACACAACGGCUGGGGCGAUCACGACUGUGCGCACGACGAGGACGCGAGUGUUUCCUGUUAUGAUUUUACAGGCUGCGAUGAGUACCGUGCCUCAGGACGGACAGCAAGUGGCGUGUACACCAUGUUUUUCUACCCUGACCGGAUCGGAACCUACUGUGACAUGGACACUGCAGGAGGCGGCUGGACUGUGAUCCAGCGGCGGCAGGACGGGUCGGUUCCCUUCAACCGGACCUGGGAGGAGUACAAACUGGGCUUUGGAGAUAAAAAGGGGGAGUUUUGGCUUGGGAACGAGGUCAUCCACCUCCUGACAAACUUUAAAAACCACCAGUUAAGAAUUGACAUGGAAGAUUGGGGAGGGAACAAACGUUUCGCCCUUUAUAGCACUUUCAGGGUGUCCGGUGAGGCGGACGGGUACCGCCUGCACAUUUCCGGGUAUUCAGGCACCGCGGGAGACUCCAUGACUGGAUCACACUCCCUCAACGGGCGGAGGUUCUCCACUGUGGACAGGGACAAUGAUGCAUGGAGUAGCCAUUGUUCUCGGACGCGCGGACAGGCCGGCUGGUGGUUUAACAGCUGCACCCACUCCGUUCUCAACGGGCGUUACCUGGGCAACUGCGUGAGCCCCUGUUCAGCCUGGCAAGGUGUGGUGUGGAACCACUGGAAAGGCGAAGGCUACUCCCUUAAAUCUGUGUCUAUGAAAAUCAGACCAAUUGUCUUUGAGACCGUUCGAGGCAGCGGCGCUUACGGCGACAUUGCCAUCGAUGAUGUCGGAAUAUUAACGGAUGCCUGCGUACGUCUUACCGGCGGGAACAACACAGCCGAAGGAAGGGUGGAAGUACUUCACUACGGGGAGUGGGGAACGAUCUGUAACGACCGGUGGGGAGACGAGGAUGCGCAGGUGGUGUGCCGUCAGCUGGGCUACCGUUACGCCCGGCCUGUCUCCUCCCAGCGCUCCUUCGGACGGGGCGGCGGGCACAUCUGGAUGGACCAGGUGGCCUGUAUCGGGAACGAGUCCAGACUGGCCGACUGUCCGCACAACGGCUGGGGCGAUCACGACUGUGCGCACGACGAGGACGCCAGUGUCUCCUGUUAUGAUUUUACAGGCUGCGAGGAGUACCGUGCCUCAGGACGGACAGCAAGUGGCGUGUACACCAUGUUUUUCUACCCUGACCGGAUCGGAACCUACUGUGACAUGGACACUGCAGGAGGCGGUUGGACCGUGAUCCAGCGGCGGCAGGACGGGUCGGUUCCCUUCAACCGGAACUGGGAGGAGUACAAACUGGGCUUUGGCGACAAAAAGGGGGAGUUUUGGCUUGGAAACGAAAACAUUCACCUCCUGACAAACUUUAAAAACCACGAAUUAAGAAUUGACAUGGAGGAUUGGCAAGGCAACAAACGUUUCGCAUUGUAUAGCACUUUCAGGGUGUCCGGUGAGGCGGACGGGUACCGGCUGCACAUUUCUGGUUAUUCUGGUAACGCGGGAGACUCCAUGGCUGGCGCCCUCUCCAACAACGGGCAGAGGUUCUCCACUGUGGACAGGGACAAUGAUGCCUAUACUAGUGGCCAUUGUUCUCAGCGGUGGGGACAGGGCGGCUGGUGGUUUGCGGCCUGCAGCUACUCCUACCUCAACGGGCGUUACCUGGGAAACUGUGGGAACUCCUGUACAUCCUGGCAAGGUGUGGUGUGGUACCACUGGAGAGGCGCUGGUUACUCCCUGACGUCUGUGUCUAUGAAAAUAAGGCCAUAACCAGAGCA